AGCGAGCCGUGACAUCGGAAACGGUUCGUAGCUUUCGAACGGCCUUACCAAUACUUAGGGCAUUCGAUGAUUUCGCGCUACGCUGGCCCUGGGCCGGAUUCAGAAACUUGUCAAAUUAAAGAAUAGGCACGCGCUCGAACGGUUCAAUUGAUUUCCGGACUGUGUUUAGUUUUAGUGUUAUUUUGGUGUUGCCGACUGUUUUUGUGUUCUUGCUCAACGUUGCCGACGCAUCGAUUUAGGUCGCCGGUUCAGAUGUGCGAAGCUGCAAGUUGGGACAAACACUGACGCGCAUAAUUUGGGCUUUAAACCAAAGAUAUUUUUAAAAACCAUGGAAUGUACCAGACUCUAAACAUUUCUGGUUAUAUCAAAAAUAUUUCUGACAAUAUUUGGGAUUGUUAUAGAUAGAGCAAAAAAUAUUCGGAGAAAAUUAGCUUUUAGGUUAUUUAUUCACAGGGUCUAAAAGUUACCAGCUUAUAUUAGUCAAACAUAGGAGUAAAAGACCGUAAAGAUCAGCUAAAGGGGGGUAAAAUCAACCGUCAAAAUUGUCAGGGUAAGAGGGUGUAGUUAGGCCGUAAAUAUUGUCAGGGUGCAGUUAGACUAGGAGUGAAAUUAGACCGUAAAUAUCAGCUAAGGGGGGUGAACUGAGGUCGUGGAGAUUGUCAGCUAUAAGGGGUGCAGUUAGGCCGUAAAGAUUGUCAGCUAUAGGGGGUUAGGCGGCGGGUGUGAAGGCAGCGGGGUGGCGCUGCACGGCGGGUGGGGGCGGGCCCCGGCGCCCGCGCACGCCGCCACCACGCUGGUGGGGGGGCUGGUGGCGCCGCCGCGGGAACCCACCACGGCGGCAGAAGCCUUCUGGAAGAUGCCGCACAAAGACACAGAAGUCCAAUAUUAUGAGCUGAUGCACAGUGCGGCAAUGGGCGGAGGCGCCCUCUUCGGGUGCUCCUCUGCCGGCCACAGCGGGAUCAACCAGCUGGGCGGGGUGUACGUCAACGGGAGACCCUUGCCCGACUCCACGCGGCAGAAGAUAGUGGAGCUGGCGCACUCGGGGGCGCGGCCGUGCGACAUCAGCAGGAUCCUGCAGGUGUCCAACGGCUGCGUGUCCAAGAUACUAGGCAGAUUAUCCUGGAAUAAUAUGCAGUACUACGAGACGGGGUCGAUCAAGCCCCGUGCGAUCGGCGGGUCAAAGCCGCGGGUCGCAACGACCCCGGUAGUGUCGAAGAUAGCUGACUACAAGCGGGAGUGCCCUUCAAUCUUCGCGUGGGAGAUCCGGGAUCGCCUGCUUAGCGAAAACGUCUGCAAUAACGACAAUAUCCCUAGCGUGUCAUCAAUCAACCGCGUGCUAAGGAACCUAGCAUCACAGAAGGAGCAAGCAGCAUCAGCGCAGAACGACAGCGUGUAUGAGAAGCUGAGGAUGUUCAAUGGGCAGGCAGCCACGGGGUGGUGGUACCCUGGGCUACCCGCCGCGCCUACCGCGCCCGCGCUACCUGCACCACUACCCCCCCAGCUGAAUAGGCCGACGUCCGAAGACCAUAAACGAGUUUGUUCACCAGAUACCUUACAAUCGGAGGCCGGGUCGGACGGGAACAGCGAGCACGCGUCAUCAGGAGACGAGGACUCGCAGAUGAGGCUGAGGCUGAAGAGGAAGCUGCAGAGGAACCGGACCUCCUUUACCAACGACCAGAUAGAUAGCCUUGAGAAAGAGUUCGAGCGAACGCACUACCCGGACGUGUUCGCGCGGGAGCGGCUGGCCGAAAAGAUUGGAUUGCCUGAGGCACGUAUCCAGGUCUGGUUCUCCAACCGACGCGCGAAAUGGCGACGGGAAGAGAAGUUGCGCAGCCAACGGAGAGACGCGCCCGCCUCACCCCCCGCACCCCCCGCGCGCCUGCCGCUCAACGGAGGGUUCAACUCUAUGUACAGCCCGAUACCACAACCCAUCGCCACCAUGGGUGAUACGUAUAGCUCAAUGUCUGGCGGGCUGUCGUCGUCGUGUCUCCAGCAGCGAGACAGCGGGUACCCUUACAUGUUCGGCGACGUGCUCGGCAGCGGCGGCUACUCACGGGCGCCAGCUGCGCAUCAACAGCACGCGGCAUACUCCCAACCACAAGCGGCAGGCAGUACUGGUGUGAUAUCGGCGGGCGUGAGCGUCCCUGUGCAAAUACCUUCGCAGGGGCCGGACCUCGCGUCGAAUUAUUGGGGACGGCUUCAGUGAUCUCAGCUAUUCGGGUUCCCGCAUCGACUGCUCUCGAUGCCUGAGAACCCGACCACCGUGCCCGAGUUGCCAUCUAGCGGCGACAUAGCGCACAACUACGCCGACUCUCACUUGUCUAUGAACGCUUUAAACAUGACAGCCGGCCAUGACAGCGCCGUUUUGGCGGGAGAUAUGCAAGAGAACUCUGUGUCGUAAAUCGAAAUCGAACACAAAUUGUGAAAUAAAGUUAAUACGCAAUACCCAGUGGUUAUUUUUUAGUGUUUUAAUGGUGCAACGUAUUUAUUUGUGUAUAGUUUUUGUAUUAACGUGUUACGGCUAAGCAACUGAUGAUGUUCAAAUGUAGGAGUAAGUAAUGGUCGUACACUUUGAGCUAUGUUGCGUUGCUACUCGACAUACAUACGUUCUUUUAACCUACUCAUUUGCUUGCUAAUAAACUAGUGUACAUUUUUGCAGCAUGUUUCAUUGUGUAUGAUCGAAUAAAUUAUAGAGAACAAUAGUGGCGUUAUUGUAAAUAUAUAGAGCGCCAUCUAUUGUCGAGUAGAGGAAGUCUCCUCCGCAAUUCGUUUUCCUCGACAUGAAAUUAAAUGUAAAUUGUUUGUGCCAACGUUUGUAAUAAUUGAGUGUUCCACGCCCUAUGCGAGUUCCAACCCUUUCAUUUCUUUGAUGUAUGCAAUGGGGGUGCAAAAUGUUAAUGCUGUAUAGAAAAACGUGGCAAUAAGCUUCGUUACAACGAUUUGUUUCUCACCCCUGCAUCGGGGCAAAUUGUCACAGACACAGACGAAGCGUGUUUGUAUAUUUUGUAUCAUAAAUAUAAAUCAAUUGACAUUUACCAUACAUAAUUAGUAUUUUUAGGGAAGAAAAUUUUCAAAAAACAGCCUUCGAUUCUUUUAUACCUUGGAUGCACUAGUUAUCGAAUACACUGUUCAUUGGUAGAUAAUUAAAGUCCACUUACCUGGCAUCAAAUUAUUUAAGACUCAAAGUAACAUAUGUUUUUUUAAUGCUAAAUUGGAAGCAAUCAAAAAAUUCUAGCUUUGAAAACAAGGUUUUUACCAAACUUUGCAUUCAAAGCUACCUACAAUUUCUGCUACCCUUGGAAUUAUGUAAAAAGCCUGUAAAUAUUAUUAUUUACUAGCGGACGCCCGCGACUUCUUCCGCCUUUAGACCUUUUUAAUCCAGCCCUUACAGUAAUAUCGCUGUAAAAUGGAGUAACUUCUCCCGUUUUCCCAACAUUUCCCUUCACUGCUCUGCUCCUAUUGAUCGUAGCGUGAUGAAAAGUAUACUAUAACCUGCCCAAGAGUAUAAAUAAUAAUUGUACUAAGUUUCGUUAAAAUCCGUCGAGUAAUUUUUGUUCCUAUAACGAACAUACAGACAGACAAAAAAUUUUACUGAUUGCAUUUUUGGCAUCAGUAUCGAUCACUAAUCACCCCCUGAUAGUUAUUUUGGAAAUAUAUUUCAUGUACAGAAUUGACCUCUCUACAGAUUUAUUAUAAGUAUAGAUGAACACAAAUGCCUCUAAUGGUUAUUGUAUUUCUAAAACACAUUCAUGUAUACUUUGUUG